AUGUUCAGGUUUGUUUUUCUGUGCUCCCGCUCAUGGCAGUGGCAGAAAGAUGCUGGGGUGUUAGUGGACCUGUACAUGCUGUGGAAAUGCUCCUCCAGCAGCUGCAUCAUGGGCGCCAAGGACCAUGUGUCCAUCCAGAUGAAUGUGGCUGAAGUUGACAAGGUGACAGGCACGUUCAACAGCCAGAUUAAAACUUACACUAUCUGUGGAGUCAUUUGUAGGAUGUAUGAAUCAGAUGAGUCCGUCCUCUGCCUGGCCGAGGCCAACAGCAUCAUUUCAAAGAACUUCUGA